CAUACAUGAAUACAAUCAUACUCUGUUGUUUUUUUUUUGUUUUUUGUUUGGUCUUCAUUUGCAUGCCAUUAACAAAUUCGCUUAAUUGAAUGCAUAUUUCUCUUUUUUCUCCCCUUUUCUGCAUUUAUUCAUAUUCACUGUGCGAAUUUGCAGUUUCACUGGAGGAAUCACAAAUUGAAUCUCCGCCAUUGACGCCGGAAAAGGUGCUCGAAUUAAUUGAACAAGCCUAUCCGAAUCCGGUCACACCAGAAGAUUUAGCUAAAGACUAUGGCUGGGAAGAGCAAGAUGUGCUUUUGGUAUUCGUGUCGCUGAAAGAACGGGGUCUUAUCAAAUCGAUGGAAUAUAAUUCUUACACUAGAAUCCACCAUGAAGACAAAGAGAUUAAGGUCGUGAAACAAAUGCCCACAAUCGCUUCGAAUAAGCAACCCACAAUUGCUAUUAUAACAGCACAGUACUGUGAAAAACUUGCGGUGGACGCCAUGUUGGAGAACAAGGAAACAUUUGUACGCUAUACUACAGUCGGUAAGUCUCACCGCAAAUACAUAUGUACAUAUCAAUUUUACGCGAAAGUAUGCAGUGGCAAAAUUUUGUGAAAUUUCAUGAGUCGUGCAGGCACUCGACUGUUUC